UGCGGAACCGGCAAGGGAAGCCCCGGCACCGGGAGUUCCGGCGCAUGCGCGCUCGCAGCCAGCCAUGACGGCACCCGCAGCGCCUUCCUUAGGUGCCACCCUGGGCUCCUCGGUGCCGGGCAUAUCGGCACCGGAUGCACCUCCACCGCAGGAGUCUCUGCCAGCCCAGCCUCCUGCUUUCACCCUGUCGGGGGAUCAAGCUGCACCGAGCCUUUACUCUGCCGUUCAUGUGGCAGACAUUCAAGUGGCAGAGGCUUCUCCACUGUGUGCUGUUCUCACACAAGCACCUCUUCAGCCUGCCUGCAAUGCCUCGGUGCCAACCAAAGCUCAGCAAAAGACUGCAAGAGUCCGGACACCAUCAAUAACUCCGGACAGUGUCACCUUCUCACCUGGACCUGACUCACCUACCUCGUCCCAUGCUGAUUACCGUCGUCACAGUCACCGUUACUCGACCUCCAGGGAGCCCUACUAUAGGUCACCUCGUCGUUCAUCGCCGCGUCGAUACUAUCGGGAUCGCUAUUCGAGCUCGCCCUCACGCUACUAUAGGAGAUCCCUUUCACCAAGAUCCCCAAGCCGUACAGACUACCAUCGGCGAUAUGACACAUUGAGAAAAUACAGCCGUUCUCCCUGCCGCAGUCGGAGGGAGGAUCGCUAUUAUCACAAGUACUCUUCUCAUUCAUCUCGCUGCAGAAGGUAUUCGCGAUUGCGAUCACCGCAUUCUUCUCAGCAUCAAUCUCCACACGGUCUGGACGAGUCUGCUCCUUAUGUAGCGCCACCAUCCUCGGCUGGGGACCUGGAUUCGCAAUAUCACGAGGAUAAGCAGGAACACACUUCUCUUCAAGGACAGCAGAGCCCUGAUUCCCCGGCGCAGCGUUCCUCAUCCUCGCAGGAUGACGCGGUGGUCCCUCCGGACUUGUCUACUACGGAGGACCACAAGCAGUUCCAGGAGCUCUUCAAGAGAGUUGCACAAUCCCAGGACGUUCAGACCGCGGACGUGCAACAGAAACAACAUCGAUUGCUUAAAAAUUUACAACCUUCCCAAAAGUCGAAGCUCGCUUUUCCCUUUGAUGAAGCUAUACUGGAGAUCGCCAACGACAUCUGGCAGACCCCGGCCACUUAGCUACCAACUAAUAAGCGGUCGGAUAAGAAGUACUUCAUCUCUCAGAAAGAUAUGGAGUUUCUCUUUACACAUCCUCAGCCUAACUCCCUUGUCGUGGAUGCCGCACAACAGAGAACAAGAUCAUCUCAGACCAAGAAUCCCUCAAAUGACAAGGAGG